AUGGCCUUCACUGAGUUGCUGGACACCUUGGGUGGUGUGGGCCGCUUCCAGAUGCUGUACACCGCCCUACUCUUAUUCCCCUGUUCCCUUCUAGCUUGCCACAAUUUUCUCCAAAACUUCACAGCCGCUGUCCCCCAGCACCACUGCCAGAGCCAUGCAAACAGGACAGGGAACACCAACCUCACAGGGGAGAACUGGUGGCAGGCGUCCAUCCCCAUGGACCAGCACCAGAGGCCCGAGCCUUGCCUGCGCUUUGUCCAGCCUCAGUGGGCACUAUUGGACCCUAAUGCCACAAUCAGUGGGGCGGCCACUGAGGGCUGUGAGGAUGGAUGGACCUAUGACCGGAGCAUCUUCCCCUCCACCAUCGUGACUGAGUGGGAUCUGGUGUGCGACUCAAAGCCCAUGAGGGACCUGGCUCAGACGGUCUACAUGGCAGGGGUGCUGGUGGGGGCUGCUGUGUUCGGCAGUGUGGCAGACAGGUGGGGCCGGAAGGCUCCCCUCAUCUGGUCCUACCUGCAGCUUGCUGUGUCUGGGGCCUGCUCAGCCUACUUCAGCUCCUUCAUUGUCUACUGCGUCUUUCGUUUCCUGACGGGCAUGACUUUUUCUGGGAUCAUUCUCAACUCUCUUUCUCUGGUUGUGGAGUGGAUGCCCACCCAAGGACGGACAGUGGCUGGAGCCCUCUUGGGCUAUGCCUUUACCCUGGGGCAGAUCCUGCUGGCAGGAGUGGCGUACCUUGUUCGGCCUUGGAGAUGGUUGCAGUUUGCUGUCUCUGCCCCCUUCUUGGUCAUCUUCCUGUACUCUUGGUGGCUGCCCGAGUCCUCCCGCUGGCUCCUCCUCCAUGGAAAAUCCCAUUUGGCCAUCCAGAACCUGCGGAAAGUGGCCAGCCUAAAUGGAAAGAGGAAGGAAGGGCAACGAAUUACCAAAGAGAUGGUGAGUGCCUACAUGCAGAGUGAGACUUCAGUCGGACGACCCUCUAGUUCUGUCCUGGACCUCUUUCGGACCCCAGCCAUUCGCAAGGUCACUUGCUGCCUCAUGGUUGUCUGGUUCUCCAACUCCUUGGCUUACUAUGGCCUGGCCAUGGACCUGCAGAAGUUUGGCCUCAGCAUUUACCUGGUCCAGGUGAUGUUCGGGGUCAUCGACAUCCCAGCCAUGCUGGUCUCCACCACCACUAUGAUUUACGUGGGGCGCCGGGCCACCGUGGCUUCGUUCCUGAUCCUGGCAGGAUUCAUGGUGAUCGCCAACGUGUUUGUCCCAGAAGAUAUGCAAACCCUGCGGACAGCCCAGGCAGCCCUGGGGAAGGGCUGUCUGGCCAGCUCCUUCAUCUGCGUGUACCUCUUUGCAGGGGAGCUGUACCCAACACAGGUCAGGCAGAUGGGCAUGGGAUUUGUUUCUGUGAAUGCCCGUGUGGGAGGCAUGGUGGCCCCAUUGGUCUCCAUGUUGGGAGAGUACCACAGUGCCCUGCCCCCUGUGAUCUUUGGGGCUACUGCCAUCUUGGCUGGGGUGGCAGUCUGCUUCCUCAUGGAGACCCGCAACAUGCCCCUGGUGGAGACCAUCGACGCAAUGGAGAGAAGGGCCAAAGGAUGCCUUUCCCAGGAGGGUACAGAAGAAAAGAGUGAAGAAGUGAGUCUGCAGCCCAUAGGGAUUUCUUCUCACAUAAAAGAAACCAUCUAA